CUGCAGUAAAUACACAGUUGAAGAGGCGGGGUUUGACAUCUCGGCUCUGAAAACAUCUCUAAUCCAGUAUUUCAGGUGCCGAAGUCGAGCGAGCGGCUAGUGCUCACUACCGCCGCGCAUCCGCGACCUGCUGCAGAACCGCACGCCCCUACUACUAACACGGAAUAUAUCGCAAGUGGACAGAGACUGGCUGCUGUGUCCGAAGUGGGAUUUCCGAAAGAGAGAGAAAAAGAAGCCGGACGAAAGCCAGAGAGAGAGAGUGAAGUUUCAGCGGCGUGAAGACAACACUUAGUUUUUUUAGUGUUUGAGUUUCCAGCGUCCGCCUCUGCCUUGAAGUAGAUUUUAACCAGCGACUCUUACUGCUUCACCCGAAACUCGACCAAAAUACUUCACUACUCUCUCACUGGAGGAUAUUGCCGCACCUUUUGGUUUAUUUUUCUCCCUUAGCCCAGCCGUGUUUGCUGUCCAGCCUGGAUAAAACUUUACUGUAGACGAGCCUCUGUGAAGGACGGUUGACUGCAGCUGAAUAUCUUCAGUAGCAUCAGGACCAUGUGGCAGCAUUUGCUUGCAGGGGUCCAUGAGCCUUUCUGAAGCUCCUGUGAAGCUUUGAGCAGAACCAUCAAGACUACUAGAUGACCGAGGCAUGUUCCCUCGAAGUCAAAACGCAUCUUAUCACAAGUAUCAGACCGCUGAUCAUCAAAGGCUUCCCAAAUCAAAGACUUGGAUUGUAAUUUUUUUGUAUUGACUUCAAUUUUUUUUUAUUUUUUGGGGGGGAAAACCCUUUUAUUUUAAUUAGCAGACAAAGUAAAAGGACCUUCUACAUGAGGUGCAGAGAUGGACUAGAAGCCCAUGUGUAGCGGGGCAGCUGCUGCAGCUCGUGGAAUAACUUAGCCCCAGACUGUGUUUGGGAGUCACUCCGCCAGGGGCAGAGGGAUUUGAUCCCAGCACCAACCUCCCUCCCCUGCCGUCGUCUGACUAUCCCACCUGUCUUAAGGCAGACCCCACUAUCCAAUGGCAUGGGUGAAGUUCUUCAGGAAGCCGGGGGGCAAUCUGGGGAAGUCGUACCAGCCGGGGAGCAUGCUGUCUCUGGCCCCCACCAAAGGACUGCUGAACGAGCCGGGCCAAAACAGCUGCUUCCUCAACAGUGCGGUACAGGUACUUUGGCAGCUGGACAUCUUCAGACGCAGCUUGAGGCAGCUACCUGGACACUUCUGUCUGGGAGAAUCAUGCAUCUUUUGUGCAUUAAAGGGUAUUUUCUCCCAGUUCCAGCACAGUCGGGAGCGUGCCCUGCCCUCUGACAACCUGCGUCACGCCUUGGCAGAGACCUUUAAGGACGAGCAGCGCUUCCAGCUGGGCUUCAUGGACGAUGCCGCAGAGUGCUUUGAGAACAUACUGGAGAGGAUCCACCUGCACAUUGUGCCGGAAGAGACAGAUGCCUGCACUUCAAAGUCUUGCAUCACGCAUCAGAAGUUUGCUAUGUCACUUUAUGAGCAGUCUGUGUGCCGUAGCUGUGGGGCAUCCUCCGACCCACUGCCGUUUACCGAGCUAGUGCAUUAUGUCUCCACCACCGCCCUCUGUCAACAGACGCUUCAGCACAGAGACGAGUCAUUUGGGGAACUGUUACAAGCAGCAAGUACAAUAGGAGACCUUCGUAACUGUCCAAGCAACUGUGGCCAGAGGAUUAGGAUCAGACGAGUCCUCAUGAACUCCCCAGAGAUUGUUACCAUAGGCUUCGUCUGGGACUCUGACCAGUCAGAUCUCACAGAGGAUGUCAUCCGAUCGCUGGGGCCUCAUCUCAGUCUUUCUGCACUCUUCUACAGGGUGACAGAUGAGCAUGCCAAAAAAGGAGAGCUGCAGCUCGUGGGGAUGAUCUGCUACUCCAGCCGCCACUAUUGUGCCUUCGCCUUCCACACCAAGUCUUCCAAAUGGGUCUUCUUUGAUGAUGCCACAGUGAAAGAGAUCGGCUCCAGGUGGAAAGAUGUGGUCAGCAAAUGUAUCAAAGGUCACUUCCAGCCUCUCCUCCUCUUUUACUCCAACCCCGACGGGAGUGCUAUCACCGCAGAUGAUACCUCAAAACAAAACAGCAGCCAGUCUCACUAUAAGACCCCUGUCAAUGGAGAAGUGCAAGGCAUUGAGUCUCCAGUUUUAGCUCCUAAGAAGCUGGACCUCACCAAGGAGAAUCUGAACGCUCUGUUGGGUCAAGGCUCUUUCAAACAGAAGCCUACAUCAACCUUCAGCAGGGGCAGCGGUCAGACCAGUGGAGGACGGGGACAAGUGAAAAUUAGCACCAGUGAUCCCAAGAGGAGGGACAUUUCUCGAGAAGUUGCCCAGAAAGCAGCAGAGGUGCGUGGGAUGCAUCCAUCCAGAAGAGAGCCCGAUAGGAGUGCUCAACGGAGGCAGGAGUCACGCCACAGAGAUCCAGGUCAGGACAGGACCUACUCUCGCUCCGUCUCCCCUCCAGAGAAUGGCUUCAAACUACCCCUGGAAACCCGACUGUACAGCAGCCAAGGAAAAGGUCCCAUUCGGACUGAGCGAAUGCCACACCUUGGUGGACGGUCCUCCCAUGAGCCCCCCCGCUCUCACACGAGGGUCCAAGUGUUGCCCAGCAUUCCCACUAACAGUAGUGGUCAACACAGCCGGAGAUUAGACCAACUGUCCAACGGAUAUGACACCGACAGCAGCCAAGACUCCCGAGAGCGUCCUGGAAGUGGAGGGAACAGCCGCAGCAGGUCCAGCCGCCCCUGGAAGCCCAUGCGUGAGGCGCUAAAUGUGGACAGUGUGUUAAGUGGCAGUAGUGGUGGUAAUUUGGUGAGUCAAGAGCGAAGGCAGCACAGCCCCCGGAGAAGAACCAGUAGUCAGUCGCCCACCCGUGACCGAGAGCGAGACAGAGAUUUUACGUGGGGAGGCAGAGAAGAACGCAAACCUAAGAGCCUAAUGACCAUCUAUGAGGAUGAGCAACGGCACGAAACAGGCGGCAGCCGAAGCUCGCUGGACUCAGAUAGCCGGGGCGGCUACAGUGACAAGGACAGGUCGAAGGGCUCAACAACUCUAAAAGUGCGGAAUGACAACUGGAAGAUCCAGCGAACUGAAUCUGGUUAUGAAAGUAGUGACAGACUCAGCAAUGGCUCAGCAAAUCUUGACUCACCUGUGGUAGAGAGCCUUUCUUCAAAGGACCUGCGGCCCAUACCUGAGCUGCAUCUGACAAGGGAUCACUUCCCUCAGAGAAGAAGUGAUGAUUUGAAGGCUGACAUAUUGCAUAUUUCCACUGAUGAACAAGGAAGAAAAUCUCCAGAUCUAGAAGACACAAACAUCCUCUCCGGUCAGCCAAUACAAAGAAGGAGAGCCUUCCGGUACACUCCUGGGAUCUUGGAAAAGAACAAUGGUCUGGACAGCGAACAAGAGGAAAAUGUGGAUGGCAGCCCCGUGAGCCCUGUGCCUCCUUACUUAGCAAAGACCAGCAGCUCUGAGUGGAACAGCUCAGACGACCUUGCCGGACCUUUCUCUGAACAAGAAGAGACUGGCACCGUUGCCCACAAUGACCCUUUCUCGCACAACUAUCCCCCACCUUUACCCCCCAAGACCUUUGGCACCAGUCACGCUGACCCAUCUGGCGUCCACUCACAACCGCCGGAGAUGCCAAAGCGGUCGAGCCCCCGCAAUGAACCCAAAAAUGACCUGUCCCCCCUCUCGCACACCACCCUUCGUCGGUGGAUUGAGACACCUGCCGAGCACAGGCUUUCAUCUGAUGCCAGCUCCAAGUCGGGGUCAUCGGACCAGGAUAGGAACGAUCUGUCAGCCAGCGAGAGCGACGAGAGGUUACCCAGUCCAAAGCCCGGACACGAUGACGGUACAGACUCCCCUGGCUUGACAGAUAUGGUUUUUCCCACCACAUACUUUUCUGUGGAUAACUGUAUGACAGACACUUACCGGGCCAAAUACCAUAAGAGGCCUGCCUUGUACAGGAAAGCAGAGGACCAUACGUCAUCAGGGGAGAGUGAUGUCGAAGGGAGGGGGCUCCCUUUGCCAGAUGUUCAGCCACUGGAGUCUUCCAAAAGCAGAUCAGAAUCAGGAUAUUCUACAACUAAGACGACUGCAAAGUGGAACCCAGUUACUCCAAAGGGACUUGAUGAGCAUGGUUUCCUAUGAAAAAGCAUCAAUGAACCUUGUAUGAUCCAGUGAUUGGAUGCCAAAAGUAAUUCUUAUGCACUACGACUGCUACACAGUUUGACUCCUUCUAACUGGGAUGUGAAUUGAUAUACUUGUCAUAACCAAAAGUUGGACAUGAAACUGGAUGCCAAAGAGAUUGUAAAAAAAAAAAAGGCAGUUAAUAGCUGUCCUAAUAGCUAUCUUGCUGUUUUGGUAUGAACUACUAAAAGCUUUGAAUGGAUAGUGGAUUAUUUGCACAGUAGAGAGCAGGUACAGAGAAAGAAACAUGCAUUUGCUGUCGAUCAUGUUUGGACUUUUGGAGCUAAAAAGCAAAUGGUUGUGUUAGUAAAGAAUGUUUCACAAAAAAGCCACUUUACCACGCAAGAGAUUAUUUUUGCAAAAGGAGACAACCAAAGUCUCGCAGUUGUACUUUCUCACUCCAUGGAAUGCUUUUAUCUGUUUGUUUUACUACUCCCAUUUCAGUGUUACGAGGUGUCUGCCCCAAUUCUGUCUGUUCUUGACAUUAUAUACCUUUUUAGUGGGUUUUAAAGGUUCUAGUAAUAUUCAGAAUAUGGGUUUUCUGUAGAUUUCGAAGUCAUUCAACCUAUAGGGCACUCUUUAGGCACGACCUAAAAAUGGAUCCCAAGGAUCCGUGUGUAUAUGGAGCUCCGGGACACCCACGUUGGUUUUUGGUUGAUGAGAUCUCUUCACAACUUCAGAUUCUUGGUGGUACAUGUAGUUUAUUGACCUCUGCAAAUAAACAUGGGUAGUUAUUUCUUUUGUUUUUUGUGCUUUUUGUAAAAAUUUCAGCCAGAGGAAGUUUAAUAUACCAAAAUAUCUCUGACCACCAGUGUGGGUCUCCAGGGUCUUCAAGGUAAUGAAUGGGUAAAUCUGUUAAGCUUAUUUGUUGAAAGGUAUGUUGCACAUAAAGUCAAAGAACGUUCUUAUCUCCUCACCUGCACACAUCCCAUCAUCCUUUACAUAUUUACUGUUUUAUAUGUCUUUGCACUGUAUACUGGUUGAUUAUUUUUCUUUUCACACUCCUUACAGUUAUAAACUUAAAUUCUGUCUUUAGCUGAAUCAGUUACUCAGUUUUCUGAUCUGUUUCUGAAAACAUAGCUCCUAUUAGCACCGAGUCUGCACUGAUGGGACAUCUAGAGUUAGACAGGGCUUGCUCUUUUGAGGGGGGUUAUUUCUAAUAACUUGCAAAUUUGAGUAGUGGACUAUUUUUUUUGGUUCAAAAUGUUUUAUAUAAGCAGCAGACUCUAAUGCACAGUGCCUUUUGUAUUUUUCUAUGUCAUGACAAGGAUAAUUGGAGCCAUGAUUUGUACAAUUCUUUGAUUUUAAAGAAUUUUUGUAAUGUUUAAUUUUAUUUUUAUUGAUUAACAAUUGUUAAAUAAACUAUUUUAUUUAACCAUA